UUGUUCGCGGGAUUUAGGAGAUAAGGUCCGAUAUAUCUCGUAUUUGUUUAAUGAUGUCGGCUGGAGAAGAAAUUGGUUUCAUACCUUGGAAAGGUUUGAUGGUUGACUCUAAUGGCGUCGUCUCUUCGUCCUUCUCCCAGUUUCUACCGAACACUUGAUGCAUUUGGCGGGGUUCGAUACUUUCUGACUGAUUUGUUGACUCCAAUGCCGUCGUCUCUUCUCUUUCCACAGUUUCAACCAUCCACUCGAUGCAUUGUGAUGCGCAUCGCUGAGUCUUUUUAUAAUCUUCCAUCAUCGGCAUCAAACUCCACUCCAGAGAGUGAUGGGGCUUCUUCAGAGCUCAAUUCCGUUCCUGUUGCUGAUCUGCCCGCUCAUGGCGAGCUCGACGACGUCCGACGUCGAAGUCGAGGCCUUGCUGGCCUUCAAGGCCUCUGUCACCGGCGACCCCCUCGGCGCGCUGGACAACUGGACCGCCGCCAUCCACCACUGCCACUGGAACGGCGUCCAGUGCGACCCAUCUGCCAAUGGCGUCGUCGUCGCCAUCAUCCUCCAAGAGACGCGUCUCCAAGGCACCAUCUCGCCCUUCCUCGCCAACAUCUCCACCCUUCAACUCCUCGACCUCACUUCCAAUGCCUUCCACGGCACCAUCCCGGCCGAGCUCGGCUCGCUGACUCAGCUCUCUCAGCUAGUCCUCUACGACAACCUCCUCUCCGGCGAGAUACCGAUGCAGUUGGGCAACUCGGAGAGCUUCGAGCUGCUUGAUUUGAGCAACAACUCUCUCCGUGGCAGCAUCCCGGAGAGCCUCUGCAACUGCACGCCUCUCUUGAUUUUGACGCUCAGCUCCAAUAACCUCACCGGCUCCAUUCCUUCCUGCAUCGGCAACUUGAUUAAUCUCGAAUACUUCAUGGUGUUCACCAACAAUUUGGUCGGUCCUCUUCCGCCUUCACUCGAGAGAUUGACAGGCCUGGUAACUCUAGAUGUCAGCAUGAAUCAGUUGUCCGGAAUUAUCCCCCCCGCACUCGGCAACUUCUCUCAUUUAAAGUUUCUUCAACUCUUCGACAACAAUUUCGUCGGAAACAUCCCUCCCGAGCUCGCCCGGUGCUCGAAUCUGAGCGCUCUGAACAUUUACAGCAACCAGUUUACGGGCAGCAUUCCUCCUCAGUUUGGAGAUCUAUCCAAAUUGUCAUCUUUCAGGGUGUAUAACAACAAGUUGAGUUCCACCAUUCCGGCUUCUCUAUCGCGCUGCAAAUCGUUAAUUUAUCUCGGUCUUUCUGAGAAUGAGUUCGUCGGCACCAUUCCGCCAGAGUUAGGGGAGCUGAGCUCUCUUCAGAUACUGACUCUCCAUGUAAAUAAGCUGAGAGGAGAAAUCCCUCCGUCACUGAUGAACUUGACCAAUCUCAGAUACUUGUCUCUGAGCCUGAACUCGCUUUCAGGGCAGAUACCGGAAAAUAUCGGAUCGCUUUACAAGUUGGAGAUAUUGAACAUCAUGAACAACUCGUUGGAUGGUUCCAUCCCAGCGAGCAUCACCAACUGUUCUCGCCUAUUCAAUUCAAGCUUUGCCUUCAACAGGUUCACAGGGGGGUUGCCCGUUGGAUUGGGUAAGCUGUCUAACCUCACAUUCUUUGCGAUCCAGAAUAAUCUCUUAUCCGGCAGGAUUCCCGAAGACCUUUACAAUUGUAGCAAGCUCAAGAUUCUGAGCUUGGCCUUCAAUAACUUCAGUGGUUCAUUGAGUCCGAGGAUCGGCAAGCUCACCAGCUUAACAAUCUUGCAGCUGCAACACAAUUCUUUAUCAGGACUAAUCCCGCCGCAAAUUGGCGAUCUUACCCAACUCUUCAUGUUGCAACUGGGGAGCAAUAAUUUUGCAGGUCGGGUUCCCGGAGAGAUUUCCAAGCUUAAAAGUCUUCAGGAAGUCUCCCUCGGGAACAAUUCUCUCGAGGGAGUGAUCCCUGGGGAGGUCUUCCAAUUGGACCAGCUCGUGGUUUUGGACUUGCAGCUCAAUAGGUUUGUAGGACCAAUUCCAGAUGCCAUCACGAGUCUCCAGUUUCUCUCCGCCCUUUACCUCAAUGGCAACAUGAUCAAUGGUUCGAUCCCACAAGGCAUGAAGAAUCUGAGGCAGCUACUGCAGUUGGAUCUUUCGAACAACCGGCUAAGCGGAUCGAUUCCUGCUGCUGUGAUGGCCGGCAUGUCAAACAUGCAGUUCUACUUCAAUCUCUCGAAUAAUUUGUUUGACGGGCCCCUUCCCGUUGAGAUCGGCGGCAUGGAAAUGGUUCAAGUCUUGGAUUUUUCAAGCAACGACUUGUCGGGGAACAUUCCUGCCGAGCUCAAAGGCUGUAAGAAUUUACACUCACUCGAUCUCUCUUCUAAUAGGUUCUCCGGCGAGCUGCCGGCGACCGUUUUCCCGGAGCUCGACUUGCUCGCUAACUUGAAUCUCUCGAAGAAUGAGUUAGAUGGCCCGAUUCCCAGCAGUAUAUCCGAGCUGCAAAAUCUCGUCUCGCUCGAUGUUUCGAGCAAUGAGUUCUCUGGUCAGAUACCUGAAAGUUUGGCGAAUCUUACGAGGCUUCGGAAGCUGAACCUCUCUUUCAAUCAUUUCGAAGGUUCCAUUCCACAAGGUGGCAUCUUUAACAACUUGAGCUCCUCGAGUUUCCAAGGCAAUCCCGGUCUGUGCGUUUCGAAGUUUUCUUCCUCCUGCGGAAAAAGAAGAAACAAGAUCUCGACCAAAGCAUCGAUCAUUUUCAUCGCGUUGUCUUCUGUCAUUGUUUUCCUGAUCGUGUUUCUCAUAGGGCUCGUCUGCUACCGGAAGCGCGACAGAGUCAAAAAGAACUCUUCGCUCGACGUCAAGGAGUCUUCUGAUCUCCCGCUCAUCCCGGGCCUGAGGAGGUUCACAGAGGCUGAGUUAGAUAUUGCAACCGAGUGCUUUCGCGAAGAGAAUGUGAUAGGCAGGAGCAACCUGAGCAUCGUGUACAGGGGACGAAUCGAAGGGGAUGGCUGUUUCUUAGCCGUCAAGAGGCUAAACCUCGAGCAAUUUCCCAAGGAGUCAGACAAGUGUUUCUUCACCGAACUCAAGACAUUGGGCAGAUUGAAGCACAGAAAUUUGGUGAAGGUGAUAGGUUUCGCUUGGGAGAGCAGGAAGAUCAAAGCACUAGCGCUGGAGUUCAUGGAGAAUGGAAAUCUCGAAAACAUCAUACACGGUCGAGAAACCGAUCGAUCGCGAUGGAGCAUCUACGAAAGGUUGCGGCUCUGCAUCUCGGUGGCUCAAGGACUCGUCUACCUGCACUUCGGAUACGAUUUCCCAAUCGUCCACUGCGAUCUCAAGCCAUCAAACAUUCUCCUCGACAAGGAUUCGGAGGCCCAUGUGAGCGAUUUCGGAACCGCGCGCAUGUUGGGCGUUCAUUUGCAGGACGGAAGCAAGCAGGCGUCCUGUUCCUCGGCAUUCCAAGGCACCAUCGGCUACAUGGCACCAGAAUUCGCAUACAUGAGGCGAGUGAGCACCAAGGUGGACGUGUUCAGCUUCGGAGUGGUGAUGAUGGAGGUGUUCACCGGAAGGCGGCCGACAAGCGGGGCGGUGGAAGAAGGCGGCAACUGCGUGACGCUACCGCAGCUCGUGGAGGGGGCAAUGGCAGACGGAGUGGACGCCGUGGUGCGAGUGGCAGACGGUGACAUGAAGCUCGCAACGGAGAUAGAAGAGAGAGAGCUCGUAGCCGUGAUGGAGGUGGCGCUGUCCUGCACCAGGUUUUGCGCAGAGGAGCGGCCGAACAUGAAUCAAGUGUUGUCCUCGUUGCUGAAGCUGAUCAGGGAUGAUGUGUGAUCGUCAUCUCUGCAAAGUAGUUUUGUUGGAUGUCUCCAGAUCUACCUCUAAAAUUAAUCGAUCGAAUAAAGUCUGGAUAUUUUGAUUACAAAAACGUUAUAAAUUAUGUUAAGAUGCGGUUUGCUUGUGCUUUUA